AUGCUGUCUAACCAAACUGACUCAAUAACUGACUCGCUUUUACCCGAGCCUCAACUCUACGUGUGCGAGUUACACUUUGGUAUUGGAGACGAUGAAUUGAUAAAAUUGUUAAAGGACGUUGACCCAUUAAGAGUCGAUAUCCGCCGUCAACAUGGAUCUACCAACAACAAUGGUGUCAUUCAUUUUCCGGCAAUAGAAAAUGCGGAAAAGGCAUUCGCCAUUUAUAAUAAUAUCAAGUUGGACGCUUAUAAGACUUAUUUAAAAUUACAAAUUACUGAUCCCAUGGGUCACGGAAUUGAACCACAAGCAAACGCAUAUAUUUUACAAGUUAGGCAAUUGCCCCUUAACACUACGAAUCUUUCUCUCUAUGAUCUCUUUCGACCAUUUGGUCCAUUGUUUUCUGCUAGAAUGCAAUAUCAAGAUAAUAAAUUUAAGGGACAUGCCUUUGUUCAGUAUUUCAAACAAGAACAUGCUGACUUGGCUAUUCGUAAUAUGAAUUGUUUUACGAUUGACAAUAAGACCAUUCUAACAGCACCACCUUCUCCAGGUCCAGAAGGUCCGAUCGUUGACCCAUGCAAUUUGUUUAUCAAGAAUCUUGAUUCCAAUAUUUCUAGUAGUGAUCUUUUCAAUCAUUUCCGUCGAUUUGGUCGCAUCAUUAGCGCACGUGUUAUGAGAGAUCAAGAGACUGGUAAUUCAAAGGGUUUUGGAUUCGUUAGUUAUACUAAUUCUGAAGAAGCAGAUAGAGCGAAGAGUUCGAUGCACGGAAAAACCUUAGGGACAAAACAGAUUGUGGUUAGGCUUCACGAACCUAAAAAGUUACGUGAAGCCAAAUUAGCAAACCAGUUCAGUAGUACUCCCGCAUCUCCUUCCGAAAGUCGGGCUCCUUCUAGACGUAAUUCAGAUUUAUAUAUUAUUAAUACCGUAAAUGAAUUCGGAAGAGAUGAUCUUUCUGGUUUAGCCCCUAAGGCUCGUAAAGAAGUUUUAAUGUCCGAGUUACAGAAAAGAUUUAAAUAUAUUCCAAGCGUACCUCACGAAGAGGUUAAUCCGAUCAUCGAACACUUAUUGAGUAUGAAAACUGAUGAUGUUUUGCAUAUCCUUAAAGAUGCAACUGCGUUGCAACAAAAGAUUACAGAAGCUAGACAUCAUCUUCAACAAGAGAAGAAGCGUCGUGGUGCUGAGGAAGCGAUUGUUGCAUCAAUAAAUACUGCUACUGCUGCCAAUACUUCCUUCCAACAACUCCCACAACGCGAAAAAUUCCUUAAAGUAAUCAAUAAGCUUUGCCCUCGUUAUUCCGAUGAAAUUCUAGACCUGAUUAUGUCUUUAAGUCAGAAAGAAAGAACUUUAUGUUAUUUCAAUUCUGAUUAUCUUACUAAAAAAAUCUUGGAAGCUAAUCAGGCUUUAGAAGCUGUAAAUGAUGAGGAUCCUUCGCUUUCGGUCACUUCUAGAGAAAUUGUACCAAUUCCUAUUCAAGAAAAUAAUAGUAUUCAUCCUCACGUUAUUCAUAAUCCUGUUAAAUCCCCCGAGGUACCUCCUGUUGUUAGUAAUAAUGUUCAUGACUUUGCGGCUUAUGAAGAAAUUGAGAAAUUCAUUGAAUCCGUAAAAAAUAAACCUAUUCAUGAACAAAAACAAAAAUUGGGUGAUCGCUUGUUUCCCAAGGUUAAAAGCCUUGGUCUUAAAAGCGCUCAAGCCAGUAAGGUUACCAUCAACCUUCUGGACACUGAUGAUCUCCGCGAACUGGCUCAUUCGAUGAAUGACCUAGAGAAGUUUAGACAAAAAGUCAAUGCGGCUGCUGAGAAGGUGGUGACUAGCAAAUAA